AUGACAUCACCCACUGAAGUAACAAUACCAGAAGAAGCUACAUCUCAAAAUCCAAUCCAACUCCGGAGCAGUAGAGGAAAAACUGAUAUAGCUUGGGCUCAUUGUAAACAAGUUGAAGAGAAAGGAAAACUUGUUAAUUUGUGUAUUCACUGUAAUAAAAUUAUUCGAGGAGGAGGGAUUAAUAGAUUCAAACGUCAUUUGGCUGGAAUAACAGGUGAAGUUGAACCAUGUAAGAAGGUGCCUCCAGAUGUCCAAUAUCAAAUGAAACAAAAUCUUGAUGAAGUCUCAAAUAAGAGAAGAAAAACUCAAGCACAAAAUUUGGAUGUUGAUCUUAAUACUCAAGAGGGUGGUGUAGAAGAAAUGGAUGUAGAACAAUCAAGACCAGAUUCAGUGAUUGCGUCUCAAAAGAGAAAGAGUACUAGUCGUAUUGGUAAUUACUUUAUGCCAAGAACAACUCCUAGAGCUCAACCUACUUUAAAAAGUGUGUUACAAAAUAAGGAAGUGGUGGAGAAGUGUGAUCUUGCUAUUGCUAGAUGGUUCAUUGAUUCUUCUGUUCCAUUCAAUGCAGCUAAUUCAGCAUAUUUUCAAUCUAUGGCUGAUGCACUUUGCAGCAUGAGUCCAGGGUAUAAAGUUCCAACUAUGCAUAGUCUUCGUGGCUUUUUGUUAAACAAAUGGGUUGAAGAUGUGAACAAAUUGAUAGAGGAGUAUCGUGAGAUUUGGAAGAAAACUGGUUGUACUCUAAUGGCUGAUGGAUGGACUGAUCGAAAAAGAAGAACUCUUAUAAACUUUUUAGUUUAUUGCCCUAAAGUGACAGAUAAUGCAGCAAAUUAUGUUGCUGCUGGAAGGUUAUUAGAAAAUGAGUUUCCUACAUUAUUUUGGUCUCCUUGUGCAGCACAUUGCAUUAACUUGAUGUUGCAAGACAUGGGAAAAUUAGAGGAAGUAAGUGAGGCAGUGUCGCAUGCUUCUAAUGUGACCAAAUAUAUUUAUAACCAUUGUUAUGCAUUGUAUUUGAUGAGAAAGCAAACAGGUGGAAGAGAAAUCCUUCGUCCUGCUCCAACUCGGUUUGCCACUAACUUCAUUGCUUUGCAAAUUAAACUCACUGAACCACUUGUGCGUGUGUUGCGUAUUGUUGAUAGUGAAGAUAAACCUGCUAUGGGCAUUCUAUACAAAUCUAUAGUCAAAGCUAGAAAGGAGAUGGUGAGGAGGUUUCAAAGAAAUAAGAAGAAGGUGGAUCCUUACUUGAAAAUCUUAGAUAAACGUUGGGAUUCACAGCUCCGCAAAAAUCUUCAUGCUGCCGGUUAUUGGUUGAAUCCAGCUUGUCGAUAUAAUGAUGUAGAAUUUGAAAAACAUGCAUCCAUAACAUCUGGACUUUUAGAUGUCAUUGAGAAGCAUGCUAAUGGAAAUUCUGAACUUCGAUUGAAGUUAACAGAUGAGAUGAGAAUAUUCAAAGACGGUGAAUUGGAUUUUGGAAGGAAAUCAGCUGUGGAUGAACGAUGUAUAGUGAAGGCAGUUCAAAUUUCAAUGUUGGCUAUUCGUAUUUUAAGUCAAACUUGUAGUGCUUCAGGUUGUGAACGCAAUUGGAGUAUAUUUGAGCAUAUUCAUUCCAAAAAGAGGAAUAGAUUAGAACAUCAAAAGCUCAAUGAUUUAGUCUUUGUUCGUUAUAACUUGAGACUUCAACAUAGGAAAACAAGACAUGGGAGUUAUGAUCCUAUCAAUAUUGAAACAAUUGGUGACCAUUCUAGUUGGGUAUUGGAGGAUUCACCACCUCUUUUAACUAACGAAGAGGUGGAAGCAUUGCGUAAUGACCUUGCAAAUAUGACCAUUCAACCAAUUUCAAGUGAUAUUGAUCAAUUAGAUUUAGAUGAGGAUGAAGAUGGAGAUGUGGGUAACACACAAGACAAUACUGUGGAUAAUGUGAAUCAAGAGAGUAGUAAUGUUGGAGAAGAUGAACCUCUUGGAGAAGACCAAGAAGCUGAAGAUGGAUAUGAGUAUCACGAUUACGACAAUUUGACUCCAUGGGCAUAA